ACACAACACCAGCACACUGCCCCUGCCCAUUGUUAACCUUCAUUUCUUCUUCAGCAUUUUAUGUAAUUGCAGCUUCCUUCUUCCAAUUUCUUCACUUGAAACAGGUAGUAGAUAUUGUUGAAGGUUGGAUAACAAUCUACAUUUAGCCUCAUGGGAGUUACAACCGAUUUCGAAGGAUGCAUAAGUCUUGGACCAUGGGGUGGUCCAAAGGGGAAAAUAUGGAACUUUAUGCCCCAAGGUUUCAUUAAGAAGAUAAGCAUUAAACAUGGUGGGGUUAUUGAUUCCAUCAAAUUCCAAAGCGAAUCUGCUUCAUUUUUUGGUGGUAAGGGUGGCAAUCAGACUGAUAGGAUUUGCAUCGACUAUCCUGAUGAAUAUUUAGUGUCAAUAAAUGGGACGGUUUAUGGAGGAUUCGAUGUAGUGAUGUCAUUAUGUUUUGUCACGAAUAAGAACCGUUAUGGUCCUUAUGGCUCGGAUACGGGCACUCGUUUCUCAUACAAUGGUAAAGGUGGAAUAAUUGUGGGAUUUCAUGGCCGUGUUGGCAAAUACCUUGAUGCUGUUGGGAUUUAUGUGAUGCCUAAAUCAUUUGUGUUAGGUCGAAACUCUGCAUUUGAAGACAAGUCCACGCAUGAGGUUCAUCCCAUGGUAUCUAAAAGUACCAUUUUGGUAUUUUUGUUCUGUUUUUAGUGUUUAACCAUUAAUAAUUC